UUCUUAUCUUUAUGCAAAACGUCAAAUUGAAACAAAAAGUGUUUUGAGCUGCUGUCCAUUUUGUGUAUUUUUAUUUUCUAUACUACUAGUUAAAAUAGCCGAAAAUGUCGUCGCCUUUGGAAAAUUUAGAGACUCAACUUGAAAUGUUUAUCGAAAAUGUGAGGCAAAUUCGUAUCAUCGUAAGUGAUUUCCAGCCACAAGGCCAAAGUGUUUUGAACCAGAAGAUACAAUCUCUUGUUACUGGUUUGCAGGAGGUUGACAAGUUGAAGUCUCAGGUCCACGACAUUCAUGUUCCCACGGAAGUGUUUGAUUACAUUGACCAAGGUCGCAAUCCUCAGCUGUACACAAAAGACUGCAUAGACAAAGCUCUGGCGAAAAAUGAAGAAGUCAAAGGCAAGAUUGAUUCAUACAAGCGCUUCAAAAGUCAUCUGCUGUCAGAAUUGUCGAAAACCUUCCCCAAUGAAAUAGCUAAAUAUAAAGCUAUUAGGGGUGGGGAAUAGAGAAUAAGGCUAAGUUAGUUUUAGUAUUUUAGUUAAUUGUAUUGUAUAUUUAAUAUUAUGUUUAGAUUUUCAUGCUGCUCUGUAAGACAAUAGAAAGUAUAUACAUUGUGUUUCACUUAGAUCCAUGUUCAGACAAAUAAUGGGUUAACUGUAUGUUGGAUUAAUUAUAUUACUUCAAAUUAAUUUUUAAAACAUUAUUUUGUAUUUCAGUUUUACUACACAUUCAUUGUAUUGUAUAGUUUUCUGAAUUACCAAACUCAAAUAAAAUAAUGUCUUUGAAAAUUGUUCUAGGAAAUAUCACUUUGUAAACAAGGACUUUUACUGAAAUUAAACAAUCUGAAAAAUA